ACAUCGAACUUCGCUAAACAGCUCUUAACCAGACCGUAACCAAAACAACCAAGAACAGCGCAGGAAGAAUUCAAUGUAUUAUUUUUAAACUAUAUUUAUUGCCAUAUAUUAGGAUAUCUGCGUUGAGAAACAUUCUAAAACACGUUUGCUUGAUCUACGCUGGAUAUUUUAUUUAUUUUAUAUCAAUAUGAACAAAAGUUUCGAUUCUCCAGGAUAAACCAAUCCACUGUAGCUUGCUUUACUUUCACUUUCCACCUCGCCACGCCAGUGCCAUGGCACGCAUCUGGCUAAGAGGAUACCAGGCUGUCCGAGCAGAUGGAUGAAUAUGGAGGAGUUGGACCUGGAAGAGGAUGUUCGGGUUGUGGUGGCCCUGGAGACCACUGCAAUAGUCGAUGUUUUGUGCUUGCAAAGAAAUAAUGUUCUACAGCAGAUCUAUGGGUUGGUGGAUGCCCGGACACGAGAGCGGGUACAGAACCUGCCCAGCCUCAGGGAGUCUGUGUCGAGUGUUGUGGAUUACUUCAAAAAUUCAGACCAGAACAGAUGCCGCCAUUUUCUGGACACUUUUUGGGGGUUCUGUGAGAAUAUUCCCUUAGAACUAGAGAUACAAAUUUUAUCAGUGGCAGGAUCCUCAACUGGAGCACUGGUAAACAACUCUCAUCUGCCAGAUUUAGAAAAUUCCCCUCGAUCACGUAGUGCAAAACGUGCAUGUCUAGAUCAGGUGCAGAGUUACAUAAAUGCUGUAAAACAUUUUCUACAAAAGAAAUUUGAGAAAGUGACAAAAGACAUAAAGAAAAAGGUUUGUCUAGAUCAGACAUGGCUGUGCUGGAAGAUGCAAAAAUAUGCACGGGUGAGAGACAGACAAGCAAAAGCCCAGGAAGGGGAAGAAGUUUCUACAGAGCAUAAAGAGUCUAUUGAGGCUUUGUUGAAGAAAACAGGCAGAGUGGUGAUGCUAUCAGGUCAAGCUGGGUCUGGUAAAACCCUGUUAAUGCAUUACCUUGGCCACCACUGGGCUCAGGGUUCUUAUCCUUCUAUUCAGCUUCUUUUCCUGCUGGAGUUUCGUCAGCUCAACCUUGUCUCACAGCCCUUGUCUCUGAAAGAGCUCCUGUUUCGUUUCUUUCUUCCAUCUGAGGAGGACCAUGAACAAAGUGAAGCAGUACUCAAUUAUGUUCUCUCUAACCCUGAGAAAAUCUGCUUUAUAUUUGAUGGAUAUGAUGAGUUUGGGGCACGAUUUACAGACCCAAAGGAGCUUGAUGGUGAUGUAAACCAUUACCAGAAGCUGCCACUGGCUGAUCUCCUCUCCGCACUAUGUAGCUCUAAGAUCCUGCCUGGGUGCACAGUGCUGGUCACUUGUAGGCCACGGGAUGCUUUUGAUCUAUUUGGGAGUUCUGGCUAUUUUGUUGCAGAGCUGCUUGGGUUCAAUCAACAACGUGUACAGGAAUACACUGAGGAGUACUUCCAUGAAAAGGGAAGUGAAAUCAAAGAAAGAGCAGUGAGCUUGCUAAUGAACAGUCAUCAUCUGCUCUCCAUGUCUCAUGUUCCAGGUUUGUGUCAUGUUUGCUGUGUCUGCUUAGAUCAUUUCCUCUCCAGAGAUAUGUCUCAGCAACCUAUUCAGCUUCCUACAUCCUUGACACAAAUCUACCUCCAAAUCCUUUCUGCUUUUAUUAAUCGUGGCCAAGGUUGUGGAUCGUCUGAUAAUCAUACCACGUUACUUGAGGCAUAUAGGGUUCAAAUUAAUACAUUGGGCAAGCUUGCAAUGAAUGGUCUGGAGAAAAGCCAGAUAGUAUUCCCGGCAGAUGAACUGCCUACAGAGAUAAUGAACUUUGGCGCCAAUGCUGGAAUUCUGUCUCGUGUGGAUCUCACUUGCGCAGAUGGAUCACGACGUCUGGGCUGUGCCUUCACUCACCUAACAAUGCAGGAAUUCAUGGCUGCUCUGCACCUCAUGACAAGCUCAGACAUCACAGAGGUUAAGCUAAAGGAGAAGCUGAACCUGAAAAGCCGAUGGACUGCUAAGACUGAUCCAAAAUCUGUGUUUACAGACUCCCUUCACCUCUAUAUGUGUGGACUUGCUGCAGAGGCCUGCACUUCAAACCUUGUUCUGCUUGAAGGUACUGAGAACGCCAGAACUGUUGUUCAAAAGCGACAGGAAACUGUGCUUAAGAUUUUGCAGCGCUUUGUUGUCAGUGGACGUCAAACAGGACCAAAGAUUAUUGAGCUGUGCCGGUGUGCCCAUGAAACACAAAACCUCGAUUUGGCCAGGGCUGUUGGUUCAAGAGAUCGAUUUGAGUUGCGGAAUAUAAGACUCAACCCUGUAGACAUUGACGCCUUAGCGUUUGUGACUUCAUCUGUAAAUCAGAUGGUAUAUCUGGACUUUGGUGCCUGCUCCAUUGAACCAGAGUGUCUAAGCCUCCUUGUCAACUGCAAGAACCUGGAAACCCUCAUUUUUCGUAGUCGUAAGUAUGACGACAAGUUUGCAGUGGCUUUGUCUGGGAUCCUGACCCAACUCCAGAGCUUGAAGCAUUUAGAAUUUAUCAGUGCUUGCCUCACUAAUAGCGGAGCUGCUAAGCUUUUCAAGGCUUUGGAGUGCUGCCGGCAAAUCACACACCUUAAUGUGAGUGAUAACCAUCUGUCAGAUGAAAGUGUAAAGAAGAUCGCAGCGAUGAUUCCCAAACUGGCUAACCUCACAUCCGUCAAGUUGGGGAAGAACAACAUUACCAACAGUGGAAUCUUUCUACUCAUUGAAAAAAUGGCAGGCUUGCUGAAAAUUAAGAAAAUCUAUGCAAAUGCACAAGAAAAGAAAAUCGAUGUUCUGUUCUGGUCAAGCCCCACAAACAGUGCAAACACAGAGGACCCAAACAAUGCUGGAAAUUUCAAGGAAGUAAUUUUGAAUGACUUGAAUCUCAGAUGUGUCAAUGUGUCCAAUCUGUGCAAAGUCCUCAAAGGCUGCUCCACUCUUACUGUCCUAAAUUUGUCAUCCAACUUGCUGAGUACCAAUGGUCUGAAGAAGCUGCUUGAACAACUGCCUUCUUUUGACACGCUUAAAGAAAUCAAUGUCAGUGACAAUGCAGUGGAUAUGGAUGGGGUGGUGCUUCUCUCAAAUUACCUUUGUAAUAGUACCUUUUACGUUAAACACCUUAGUGAAGUAAACGCUAGCCACAACGGAAGGAGGAAACUGGUCUUGAAGUUCAGUGGCAGUGAAAGUGAUGCACAGGUGACAUCACAUGACUGUGAUAUUUUGCCCAAAAAAUUCAGCUUAACUGAAUGUGACAUACAGCCUACACACAUGAAGGAGCUGUGUAAGAAUCUGAGCAGUUGCCGAAAUCCGCUAGACUUGGAUUUCUCUCAUGGUACGUUAAUGGAUGAGUCCAUUGGGGAGUUAUUAAGGUUCCUUUCAAAGAUGGUAUCUCUCAGACUGCUUAAUUUAAGUCACGUCCAGAUGUCAACCGAUAGUGCUUUGUUGUUGGUCCAACUGCUUUCUGAUUGCCAGCGCACUGCAGCUGUGGAACUCAGACCACAGGGAAAAGCAUUCGUUAAGUUCCUUCAAGCCACAUCAGAAACUGCAACAUGCAAGUUGAACCAAUAUAAGCUGAGCAGUGCGAAUGUGACAAAGCUCUGUAGUAUACUGAAGCAUUGUCAUCAUCUGACUGAUCUGGAUUUGUCCAGUAACUUCCUUCAAGAUGAGGGUGUGAAGACCUUUGUUCAGAUUUUGCCCAAACUUAAGAUCUCUAAUUCAGUAAGCCUCAACGAUAACAACCUCACUGAAAAUGGGGUGCUCUACCUGCUGAGUUUAAUGAACACAUGCGAAAGGGUGGCUGCUGUGGAAGUGAGUCUCGCAAAGGAGAUGCAGCAGGCUCUGAUUCGCUUUGAUCAGAAGAAUUUAACAGGCAAAUUUUUCAGUCUGAGAAAUUGCUGUUUUGAUUCAAAGCAUUUGAGCAGUUUUGUGGAUACACUUACCAGUUGUCCCAAACUUACCCUCCUGUUAACAUCAUGCACUGUGCAAAGUCAAGAUUUAUACCAUCUACUGAACAAAUUGGCGACACUGAGCUCAAUACAAACUCUAGAGCUAAGAAACAACUCUUUCAAUGCUGAGGCAGUUAGGCAUUUGGUUACUGAAUUGUGUAGAGAUGCAAAUCACAGAACAAUUCGGAUAAUGGAGCCAUGGAUUAAAGGGGAAGCUGCCGUUGACCUGGUGGCAGGCUGCCUUGAAUCAAAUCCACACAUCAAAGAGAUCAGAGUUGAAAAAUCAUGCCUUAACCUUUCUGUUGAAAGCCUCAACUCUGCCGUAGUCCUUCAAGAAAAUGGGAAUUUUCCCCAGAUUGCUGUGGACUCAAUAAGCUUUGAUGACUGUGAAGUGAAGGGGCUGCAUUUAUCCUCACUGAAGUCUACUGUCCAGAAGUGUCCUUCUCUGCAAGAGUUACAGUUCUCUCAGCUGAUGAUGGGAGCAGAUGGGGCAAAGUUUCUCUCUUCAGUUCUUCCCUUGCUGGACAAUCUAAAGACCCUCAGUCUUAAUUCCACAGGAGACACCGAAGCAGUAGUAAUUGCAUUACAGCAUACACAAAAGCACCUGGAAAAGCUGAGUUUGUCCAAUCAUGUAAUCAAAGACAGUGGAGCUGCAGUACUGGGAAACGCUCUUCAGGCCUUGACAAGAAUGCGAUCGCUCAGUCUCUUGCAGUGCUUGAAUUGCACAGCUGCUGGAGGUCGUGAUUUGGUCCGUGGUCUGGUCCAGUGCCGCUCUCUGGAAGAAAUUCGGCUGGAGUCUUUAGAACUGGAUGAAGAAAGUGCAGCUUGCUUUGCACAUGGCCUUCAGACAAUGGUGUCACUUAAAAAUAUCAGUUUGAAGAAUAUGACAUCAAAGGACAGCAGUGGGAUUCUGUGUGUGCUGGCUAGUCUGCAAACACUGAUUGAGCUGGAAGUGUUAGAGUUGUUCGAGUUGAGAAUGGGUGAUCGAGGGAUUGAGGAGCUUGUGAAACACAUCCCUAAUCUAACAAAACUGAAAACAAUAAAUCUUUCAGGGAACUGUGUGAGUGACCAUGCUGGAGAGAUGUUGGUGAAAGCACUGGCACACUGCAAAGCACUGCAACAAAUAUGUCUUUCCAAGAACAAACUUGGACACAGUUUUGCAGCUGUACUGGGUCAGGUUCUUCCAUCUUUCUCUGAGCUCUUUGAGUUGGAUCUCUCUGAGAACCCGAUAGGUUCAGAAGGGUGUUCAAGUCUCUGUACAGGGCUGGUCAACCUGAAGGCAUUAAAAAAACUACACUUAACCGCCAUUGAAACCUCAGACUUGGUUAAUGUUGCAUCUUGCCUAGAACACUGCACGUCUUUAGAGGACGUCAGCUUGGCAUGGAAUGAAUGUGAAAAUGAUGUGGUUCUAAAACUUGCUCAAGUUCUUCCACAAUGCAGUAAACUGAAAAGACUCGAUCUGGAGUCCAAUAAUAUCAACACAUCAGGAGCCAAAAGCCUUGCUAUAUGUUUGCAGCUUUGUCCUUGGAUUGAAGUAAUCAGGCUUUGGCGGAAUCCCAUUCAAAAGGAUGACCCAAUUUUCAAGGACGAGAGGUUGAAUUUCUCAUCAACCUAAUCUAACGCACAAUGGAUCACCAUCUUUAUUAUCCUUUAAAUAUAAUUUCCUUUUUUUUUCUUUCUUUUUUUAAUAUGUAUAUUUCUGUUCAUAUUUAUAGCAUAUAAAAUAUUGAGGUAUUCUGUUUACAUUCAUUUGGAGAACACAUUACCUCACUAUAUCAAUAACAAUAACUCUACAAUGUCACAGUUCAUUUAGUCGUCUAGGAGUCUGAGGUUUAUGGAAGUGAUGUGAAUAAUCCAUGUUUUUUUUACACCUCAAAAGAUUGUAAGAAAUACACUUGAAAGCCUUGUUCUGCAUGUCCAAAAACAUAAUAAUUCUCAGUUCUGUGCUGUUCUUAGGGUUAUUUUUAAGCACACAUUGCAUGUUUACCAAAUUAGAGUUCUCUAGUUCCCAUAAAAAAAAAUAUAUAUAUAGAUUAUUCCUAUGCUGCAUUUGCUUUAUGAUCUGGUUAACUUUUUAAAAUUACAGUCUUCCAUACUCAUCAUAAUAUUUUUAAUAUCCAGUAUAGCUAUGAACAUGCAGAAUGGCUGGGAGCUUAUAUGAUUUUCACACUAAUAAAGCAAAUUUAAAACUUAUCACAAAAAUCAAAAGGCUAAUUAAUGUCCUUCCAUUGACCUGUCCUAGACUUCUCCUUGUUGUGUUCUCCUGCAGAUCUCGUAUUUAUUUCUGUAUAUUUAUACUUAAAUAUCUGAAGAAUUGCACUGGAAAAAUUAAACCUUACUAGACACUGAUGCACAACUGAAUGAUGGUGUGCUGUUUGGUAUGUGAUAAAAAAAACACUGAAAAUAAGAAGUGGCUUAAUUUAGUAUGUAAAAAUUAGUCAUUCGGAAGGCUGACUACGGUACGGUAUACUCUACCUACAUAGGGAAAAAAUAUAUAUAAAUGAUUAACUAGCAAAUAACCAUGAAGUAAUUAUAGUCCAGUGGAGAAAAAUCAUAAGAUUUUAAUUGCCAAAAUAGAAGCAUAAAAUGUGUGAAUUUUAUACCAUUAUCUUUUACAUUUGAUAGCACUAUAGAUAAGUAAAAUGUUUUUGUUAGAUUUGAUGAAUGUUGAUGUGUCCUUGUCAAUAAAGCUUUGGAAUAAUCAGA